GGAAAAACAAACUGAAACAUGGGAGGAAGAUGAGAAAAGAGGAAGGAAUUUGUGUUUUUGGCAUGGACUCCGGCCUGAGCUGUUCCUUCGACUCACUCCCUUCCCUUUUCUCUUCCUUUGUUUUGUGAACUUUCCCUCAUUCUGGUCCACAUCUGGACGGGCUCUGCUGGUUAUGGGACUGUUGGUGUAAGGACUGGACGUCACAUUCACUGCAUUUGGACAAACACUGUUGAGGUGGAGGACGUUCCCUGUGGACAUGGCCCUGGUCAGCCCUUCCAUCCUUUACACCCUGGGGGUUCUUCUGUUGGUUCUGUCCUGGGCGCAGUGCCAGGUACUUCUUAAACCAGAUGAGGAGGAGGUGGAGCUGAUAACAGAGUCCCCACAUGUCCCCACAGUGCUGGUCAAGUCCUCUGAAUGUCCGUCUGAGUGCAGCUGUUCUUCAGAGGGAAACGUGGACUGUGCUGGAGUCGACCUGACCGCUUUUCCCAGAGGACUGUCUGACAGGAUCCGCCAGCUGUCUCUACAGAACAACAAAAUUGAGGAAAUAACAGUUGAUCACAUUUCACACCUGCAUCAACUGGAGACUCUGAACCUUCAGAACAACUGGCUGACGACAGACGGCCUUGAGGAUGAAGGCUUUGAAAUGCUUGAACAGCUGUCUUACUUAUAUUUGGCAAAUAACCAGCUCACCUCAGCACCGAAGGCCCUUCCAUCCUCUUUAGUUAGUGCUGAUUUUGCAGCUAAUCAGUUAACAAGAAUCUAUCCAUAUACUUUUGGCUAUAAACCUAAACUAAGGUCUGUGUAUCUCCAUAACAACAAGUUGACUGAUGCAGGACUUCCUGACCACAUGUUCAAUGGUUCGGAGAGCCUGGAGAUUCUCACCAUGUCAAGCAACUUCCUGCGGGUUGUCCCCAGAAACCUGCCGCCCACGCUUCACCGUCUUCACCUGAAGAGUAACAAGUUGGAGAAAAUUCCAGCAGGGGCCUUUGACAACUUGUCAAACCUCAGGGAAUUACAUCUUCAGGACAAUCUCCUCAGCAAUGAAGGCAUGGACAAUGAGACUUUCAGUCAGCUGACCAGUCUGGAGUAUCUGGACCUGUCCAACAACAACCUCAGUGUGGUUCCCAAGGGUCUGCCUCGGAACCUCCUGCUGCUGCACCUGGAGAAGAACUGCAUCCGCAGUAUUCCUGGAGAUGCCCUCAUCUCUGUCCGAAACCUGGAGUACCUCCUCCUCCACAACAACCAGCUGCGGUCGCGGGCCAUCCACCCAGCUGCCUUCCAGGGUCUGAAGAAGCUGCACACCCUCCACAUGUAUAAUAAUCUGCUGGAGCGAGUUCCCAGGGGCCUGCCACGGCGAGCCAAGACCCUGAUGCUCCUCCACAACUCCAUAUCGGAGAUCGGCCGCAAUGACCUGGCUUUACUUUACACCCUGACCGAACUGAACCUGAGCUACAACCAGCUGAGCAACGCCAGGAUCCACCGGGACGCCUUCAGGAAGCUGCGUGUGCUGGAAACCCUGGACCUGUCAGGGAACUACUUGCAAUCGCUGCCUCAAGGUCUGCCUCGAAGUCUGCAAGUACUGGAAAUCAAGAACAACCAGCUGAACUCCAUAUCUGAUGGUUCACUGACGGGCAUGGGGAAACUACGUAGCAUAAUCCUGAGCAACAACCAGCUGAAACUCAACUCCAUCUACCAGGGAGCAUGGAUGGAGCUGAGCGCACUGACAACAUUAGACCUGUCUGGAAACCAACUGUCCCAUAUUCCCUCAGAUCUGCCCGAGUCUCUGGAGUAUCUGUAUCUCCAGAGGAAUCGCAUCUCCAGUGUUGCCGCUUCAGCGUUUGAAGGAACCCCCAACAUUAAAGGCAUCUUUCUACGGUUUAAUCGUCUUUCUGUGGAUUCUGUGGAUGAAAGCUCCUUCUCACAUCUGUCCAACCUACAAGUCCUAGACUUGGGCACAGGAAACACCGACCUGCCUCUGAAAACAGAUGACCUGGAGGACGAUAAGAAGAUGGAGGAGGAGCAGGAAACGUAAGAAGAGCUCCGUUCCAGAUUCUGGGAUCCUCGUAUAAAACCAGUGUAACCUUGUCCUGUCUCAGAUAAUGCUGGGUCUAUAUCGUGCACAUAUCUACGCUGUGUGAGUCUUUCCUUGGUUUCUGUCAUGUUUUCUGAUUCCAUGUUCCUUUAAGCUCAUGUUUUUACUCAUAUGAACCAAAGCCCACAGAUGUCAAACUGCUCCACAACAGAGACUGAACACCUUCAUGUACAGAUGGACUCAUGGAAAGAACAGGUGAUGAGUCUGGGGCUGAUCUGGAGGAACAGGCACAUGGCAGGUUUACCACGCCUCGUACAUGGGCUCAGAUGGACGCCAUGACCCAACCCUGCAGGCUCCUUUAGGCUUAGUUACCAUAGUUACCAGAGAUAGUUACCAUAGUUAGCAUAGAUAGUUACCUUAGUUAGUUUCCUUACAUAGUUAAUACAGUUAGUUACCUUAGAUAGUUACCAUAGUAAGUUAAUAUAAUUAGUUACCAUAGAUAGUUACUAUAGAUAGUUAACAUAGUUAGUUACCUUAGAUUGUUACCAUAGUUAGUUACCAUAGGUGGUUAACUUAGUUACCUUAGAUAGUUACCAUAAGUAGUUACCAUAGUUAGUUAAUAUAGUUUGUUACCAUAGAUAGUUACCAUAGUAUGUUACCAUAGUUAGUUACCAUACAUCGUUAAUAUAGUUAGUUACCAUAGUUACCAUAGUUAUUAUAGAUAGUUAAUAAGUUAAUUACUAUAGAUAGUUAACAUAGUUAGUUACCAUAGAUAGUUAACAUAGUUACCAUAGUAAGUUACAAUAGUUAGUUAAUAUAGUUAGUUACCAUAGAUAGUUACCAUAGAUAGUUACUAUAGGUUGUUACCAUAGUUAGUUAACAUAGUUACCAUAGUUAGUUACCAUAAGUAGUUAUCAUUGGUAGUUACCAUAGAUAAUUAUCAUGGUUAACUACCAUAGAUCGUUACCAUAGUUAGUUACUAGGCCUGUAAUGGUACUUAAAAUUUUCGGUUCAGUACGUUUUUGGUUUUGAAAGCCACAGUUCGUUUUUUUUU